AUGCUGGACUACAUACUGCCGGAAUUCUUCGUCGACGAAAAGGCUCGAAUGUCCUUAGAGCCUUUGGUUCAGGAAGGAGCCCAGAACGGAGCCCUAUGCCACAGCCGGAGCUGCAGCCCCACGACGGGUUUCCAGAACCCAGCAUUCCGAACGGACGUUGUCCGAGCCCGCAGGCGAGACGAACGCUGCUGCUGCGUGGCCGACCAGCGCGGUGGCUUGCCAGCAGCGACGGCCGCAGGUUCCCCGGAGAAGCCCUCGACCAAGUCCAGCACGCCGUCGCCUUCGACGUCGUCGGCCGUGGCUGCGUCCUCCUCCCGUAGGGCUGCCGGCGACGGCGGCGCCGAUGGGCGCAUUCAGAUGCGGAUCGGCGCCGACCUUACGCCCUUCCACACGGCCAUCAUCUCAGACUCCGAAAACACGACGGCCUCGGAGUUCGUCUCGGAGAGGAUACAGACUCUGGUGCGAGCAUUUUCUCAUCGAUCGCAACGAGUGAAGGAGCGCAUCGCGGAGCCUCCGACACCCAGCCCAACCCCGCCGCCGGAGAAACGGGAGGACUACGAGAGCCGGCUGCGGUUGGAUUCGUUCGCACUCGCUGAAGACGUGCCGGGCGAUAGUCAGGCCGAUUCGGAACGCAUCAUCAAGAUAGGCUGCUGCUCCUUCCCCAGGAGGGCCUUUACUUUUCCGAGAACCAUCGACCCUCAAAGCAAGCUGUACGUGUCAUGGCAACUGGCAGUGAGCGUGUGCUUCCUGUACAACUGCUGGGCCAUCUUCUUGCGCGCCGUGUUCCUGGAAGGAUCGCACGUCGACGAGGCUGGCUUCUUUGCCUGCGACUACCUUUCCGACCUGGUGUACCUGUUCGACAUAUUACUAUUCAAGUCGCGCAUCAAGUUCCACUCUGCCGGCAUGUGGGUGGAAGAUCCCAAACAGACCCGACGAAACUACUUCCGCAAACCUAUAUUUAAGAUGGACGUAGCUGCCCUGCUACCCUUAGACAUCCUUUACUACCUUUACGGUGUCAACCCGCUGCUCAGGUUGCCUCGUAUGCUCAAGAUACAGACAUUCUGGGAAUUUUUCGACCGCAUCGACGCUCUCGCCAAGUCGCCUUAUGUCAUUAGGGUGUUGCGAACUCUUCUUUACAUGAUGUACCUGAUCCACCUCAACACAUGCGCCUACUAUGCCAUCUCCAAAUAUGAAGGCAUCGGCUCCAAUCAAUUCGUUUUUCAAGGCGGAAACAAGACCGCGUACGUGCGCUGCUUUUACUUCGCCUUCAAGACGGCCACGUCGAUCGGGAAGAACGCGAAGCCUAGCAACGAGCUUGAGUACGCGUACAUGACGCUCUCGUGGUUGCUGGGCGUCUUCCUGUUCGCCUUCCUGAUCGGCCAGGUACGCGACAUUGUGGCUACAGCCACGCAGGGCCGCACCCAGUGUCGACAGGCGGUCGACGCCUGCGUGCGCCACCUUCGCCGCCUUGGCCUGCCCGACGACCUACAGAGACGUGUUCGCCUUUGGCUAAACCACACCUGGGCACAGAAGAAGACCCUAGACGAGAACUCCAUCUUGGCCACGCUCCCUAGAAAAAUGAAGACCGACAUCGCCAUAAGCGUCCACUACAACACACUGGCCAAGGUUCAGUUUUUCCAGGAUUGCGAGCGGUCAAUGCUGCGAGAUCUAGUGCUGAAAUUGCAGUCAGUUCUCUUCCUUCCUGGUGAUUACAUCUGCCGAAAGGGAGAAAUUGGUGUGGAAAUGUACAUCGUCAAUAAAGGAGUCAUUCACGUCAUCGGAGGAGAAAACAACAAUGUUGUGCUUGCAAAGCUCACUGAAGGCAGCGUGUUCGGAGAAGUGAGCCUUCUCGGGCUACCUGGUUUCAACAGACGCACAGCGGAUGUGCUCUCGGUGGGCUUCUCGAACCUUUUCGUGCUCAGCAAAGAUGACCUAAACGACGUGCUGCACUACUACCCGGACGUUGAGGCCAUGCUUCGCCGCAAAGCUAAAAGCCAGAUGAUGAAGAACAAGGCAUCCAACGAGAAGACGCUGGAGAACAAAGCCCGGCGAAUUCAUGUCGAACCAAUCAUCAAGACUCCUCCUGCCCGACCCAAGACACCCAAGUUGGUGCAGACGGUGUUGCAGGUGCUGCGGCCGGAGUCCAAAACCGGCUCGGCCCUAGCAAGACGCGUUUUCGGCGGCCGCGCGAGCCGGCGGCCUACAAGCGGCAGCGACUCGGACAGCAGCAGCCACUCGAGCGAGGCCAUGGGGCGGCCUACGACACUGAGCUUCCGCGAUGAAGACGGCGUGGAAACGCGAGUGGACACGUACCACGACGUCACGCAGAACGCUCUCACCCUGAGGGCCACUUCGGCGUCGGGACUGCGCGUACCGCGCUCGGUGCCACCGCGCUGCAAGAGCUCGCCCGCAGUCAUGCGGCAUCCAGAAGAACGGCGGCCCGAACGCCCUACACCACUGACGCGGCGGCCACGGCCCUCGCCGCUAGUGCUGCUGAGUCGGUGCCUGGGCACUGACAGUCCGCAGUCCGUACGCCGCCACUGGCGACCUCUAACGGCGCGAAGUCGAGUGACACCGCUGACACCGCCGGUGCCGCACGAUCUUGCCGCCGCCGCUGAAGGAUCCGCAACCGCCGGCAACGACGAGGCCGCGGCUCCGCAGCGCCACAGCGGUGACUCGGCGCCAUCAUCAAGGGCAAGCCUCCGGUCCGCGUCGCUCUCGGCAAAUGAGCUCUCCGACAGAGACGAAUUUCAGCUCGUAUCACCCGGCUUCCCGUCCAGCUCGUCACCCAGCUGGACGUUCGAAGAACCGCCUUGCUAG